UUGCAUAUGCUUGAAAGGUUUAUAGCUAUGAGUGGGACGGUGGGCGGCAUUUUGUUGAAUUACCCUAAUGCUCCUCCUAUGAUUCAAGCUAGUGAAAUUGCUGUACUGAAAGAGGUCAUAAAAAUUCUCAAACCGUUUGAAAAAGUAACCGAGGAGAUGUGCAUUGAAAAAUAUGUUAGCGCAAGUAAAGCUAUUCCUAUUAUAAUGUGCUUGAAACAGUUUUUGGAAAAAACAGAUCCAUCGCAUGAUUUGAGCAUUCAAUUAAAAAAUUCAAUAAUAAAUGAAUUUAAGAAAAGAUUUGAGCACAUACAAAAAGUUCAUUUAUUUAAUACAGCAACAUUUUUGGACCCUCGUUUUAAAAAAUUACACCUUGAUGACGGAGCAUCUUUGGCAAGAACUAUGAACUACAUUAAACAAUCCAUUGAAGAAAACCGAGAACCUGAGGAUUGCCCACUGUCAAUAACUUCGGCCGCUGAUGAUGUCGAUAAUGAUGACAUUUGGGAAACCCACAACAAGUUGUUGUUGGAGGCUAUGAGAACCAGUCGAAGUCACAUUCAGGUAUCUGAAUUAAGCUACAUAGCUGCGCCUCUAAUAGGGUUAAAAGAAGACGCUUUAGAAUCCUGGAAAAGCUAUGAGGGAGCUUAUCCCAAACUUACACAUUUGGCGUGUAAGCACCUAUUGGUACCGGCUUCUUCGGCUCCUGCAGAGAGAUUAUUCUCGAAAGCUGGUGCCAUAAUAACAAAGACCAGGAGCCGAAUAUUAUCAAAACGCUUACCAAAGCUGUUAUUUCUAAAUUCGUUGCCUACAGAUUUGUAGGUUUUUUUUAUUUAAAUAAUUUAUUUACAUACAUACAUUUGGUCACGUCUAUAUUCCUUGAGGGGUAGACAGAGCCAACAGUCUUGAAAAGACUGAAUGGCCACGUUCAGCUAUUUGGCUUAAUGAUAGAAUUGAGAUUCAAAUAGUGACAGGUUGC